AUGGAUUCAACGUUUUCUCUGAGAGAAUUUAUUGACAUUAACAAGGAUGUGUUGCCAGAACGUGUCAAGGUUACUGGGGGUGUACAGUGUGGUGAGGACGAGGAUUUACCAACAGGUACUGUCCUGGAUCUACAUUCAGUACACGUAAAACAGAUCAACCUUGUAUAUAAGGAGAAGGGAAGAAAGAUUGAAAAUAGAAUAGCCAUACACGAGUCUAAUCCAACAAAAUUCCAAAUUCUGGAUUACCACCCAGUAGGACAUGUGUACACUACAGUAAAGGAUUUGAUCGAAGUUUGCCCGUUUGUUGUAAAAUGUAACAAGACGUGGCGAAGCGAUGACGGAGCUAUUCUAUUAGAGAAAGAUGAGAUCUUGAAAUUAAUCAGACUUGUAGUGGGAAAAAAUUGGCAGAGGUUUUUAGAAUGUAAACUUGUUAGACAAAUGAAGCUUGUUCAGCUUCCAAUGGACUGUGAGGGACAUUUCACUGCAAAGAAACUAAACAACUUUUACACAGUGUCAGAUUUGGUACAUCAAUUUCCAAAAGAACGUAAACUCAAGCUGGUGAAAGGCGAUGUAAUAGAUGAACGAAAUCAAAUCCCAGGUCUCCCUCUGGAUGGAUUAGUCACGAUGCUUACACCCGACCUGGAGGUAGAAUACUCCAUGAAGGAAUAUCCAGGUGAUAGGCACAGGUUGGGCGUCAAUACGGAUAUGACAGUUAGCCCAAGGCCAGAUGAUUACAUAGGUGAUGUGCUAAACUAUAUUGACCUUAAUGGUUUUGUGGAGAAAAAUAAAAAACUAUUUCCAAUCAGGGCUAAAGUUCACGAUUGGGAUGAGAUAACAAGUAUCACUGAACAUCUCAAUAUUCGUCCAGGUAUGCAAAUCGAUAUUCACGGAUACCAUGAUGAAAGGAUGAAAUUCCUCCUCUGGUGCGAUGGCGACUAUUUCAUUAUUCCCUCUUCUUAUCAAGGGCGAUUCAGGGCGUGUCCCAAACAAAUCAACAGCGUCGAAGAUCUGUUGAAGCACAAUGGAGAUCGUGUGUUGGUAGUGAAAGAGGCCAAGUAUAUGCCAUAUGAUUCCGUUAACGUUGGGGAUAUCUUAGACCUGACACGAAGGAGACUAUCUCAUCUAGAAAAAGUCGAACGAGGAAAACACCAUCGGGAUGCGGAGGUGGAAGUACUGCUGUGUACGAAAGAAUCCCCCGGCGCUAUGUACUCAAUACCAGUCAGUCUCCCAACAUUCAUGGAAGGUGUAUUUGAACCAAUCCCCAAAGACACAACCCUAUACAGCAUAACCAAUGCCCAUGCGGUUUACAAAAGAGGCAGUCAAUUUGAACUUGUCAGACCGGAUCCACGAUUCGAGGAUAUAUUGCCACAAAAUACCAGGAUAACACUGGACUUUUGUAUCAGAGAACCCGAAAUUAUGAUAUCGUUAGUAGACGACAAAAUGGCUAUGCAUCUUCCAACAAGGACAGAUAUACAAGUUUCAUUCAUGACACAGAUUCAGCACAAAAAUGUAAAACUGGCUGAGUUGGACAGUGCACCAGAAAAGUUAUCAGCUGAACGAUACAACGAACUUGCAGCCCAAGACCACGAUUACGAAACGGUUGACUACGAGAUUGUGAAUACAUUUCCUCGAAUGGUAGUUGAUGGCGAUAAUCAGAUUUACACAGACGGUGCGUCAUUGCCCAGGUCAUUACCUGGAAGAAAAGAGGUAUCUACACUACCACCAGUUCCCACUCAGAAAAAACACAAUCCACAAGUUUCCAAAUCGUUAUCAUUCAGUAAUAUAGACCAACCACCUCCUGUUCCGUUGAGACAACACAGGUUGAAGAAGACGCUGUCACAGGUUGAUCAAGGCUAUGUAGAGCCUAUCAAGUCCCAAACUUCGCCAACCUGUCUAAAAGCCAAAGACCCUGAAGGUGAUGACGAGUACAAUUAUGUCGAUGAGGAAGAAGUUGCCGAUAUAUUGAAGGAGAUGGGCCAGAAGUUUAAAGGCAAUCAGCAUGUUAUUCAUGAAUGCCACACCACAAUUCCAGAUGAUGGAAACCUUUACAACUUUACUAUUGAGCAAAUGGCUGACUUUUUCAAACAGCAAAAUAUUGAGGACUCAGUUAUCCAACAAAUGAAAGCAGCUCAUCUUGAUGGAAAAGCUUUUUCCAAACUAUCUGACGACCAAUUAAAGAGAUAUGGACUUGACAAACAAGGCACACAUAUGCAACUUUUCAGAAAUCUUUCAAGAAAAAAGACACACUUAUUCUCAAAAUUUCUAACUUUUUCAAAGAAAUAAUGAAGUGGCUUCAGAAUUAAUGAGCCCAUUUCAAUUUUCCUGUAAGAAGUAUCUGAUGUCUGAAUGCUAUUGCUUUUUAUGCUUAACAAAAAACAAGGCAUUAACAUGACAAUAUGUCACUACCUGGAAAAGUGUGACAAUUGUGACACACUCUGUUGCCAAACGGUGGUCACACUUCUUGGUUGUGACAUAAAAAUUAUUGCUAGUAUAUUUUAGAUGUGUAUUUUUAUCAAACAAAUUACAGAGAGAUACAAUGCAUGGUAUAAUGAAAUGGCAUUUCACUAAAAUUGAGAUCUCUAUUGACAAAUGCACAUUUCUGUUUUAUUCAGGGUUAGAACUGGCCAAAAUGUUGAUUGGUAUGAUCUGUGAUAUCUAGAUGCAAAUAUCAUGCACCUGAAUUCGUUUUUGCACUGGUUAAACAUGUUAUAUAUGUGAAUAUUAAAAGGGAUCAUGGUUUAAUGCCAUAUUUAUUCCAUUGGAAAAAAUAUUCACUUUAAACCUGAGUCACAAUUAACAUAAUGUAUUAGAACUACUCUUGGUACAUAACAAAUAAAUGUGUAUAUACAGAUAUAAAUCAUACAAACAAUAUUGUUUUAGAUAGAAUCUGUAUAUUACACUACAUUUCAAACUACAGGGUGUCCCAGAACUCAUGAGAAUUUUUUGAGGGAGAUAUAAGGCAUGAAUGAUUUUUCUUCAAAUUAAGUGCACUUAAUAAACAAACAUUGAGGAAUAACUGACAUGAAUGUCAGGCACAU